AUGAAACCCGAGAGUUGCCAAAAUUCGCCGCCUCCAUCUCCGUUCCUAAACACCUCUGCAACUCCGACGGUCCGACCUCUACAACUCCGACGCCUCCACUUCGCGACUCCGGCCACAUUUUCUGCAUUCGUGAACCAUCUCUUCAACGACAAGUUGGUCGCACCUCCUGUCUUGGCUCUCCGUUGUUCACCUCUCUGUAGUUCACAGGCCCAGUUCGUUGUUCACGUCUCUAUUGUUGUGCACCAAGCAGCUCUUGUGGUCCGACCGACUAGCUAUCCGUCAAAGGCUCUCCGUCACAGGCUCAUAGGUAUGGAGGGUUCAAAUAAUGAAAUGCUAUCGACACAAUCUAGCCGUGGAAAAUCUGAUCCUGCUUGGGAAUUUGUCAGUUUAAUUCGUGAGAAUGGAAAGUCUACAUACACUUGUUUGUUCUGUAAGAAACAAUUCAAAGGUGGGGGAAUUCAUCGAAUGAAACAUCAUUUAGCUGGGAAGAAGGGAGAAAUAGCUCCGUGUAAGGAAGUGUCGCACGAUGUUAAAUCUCGGAUGGCAGCACACUUGGAUGAAGUAAAGCAAAAAAAAAUUGAUCCUAAUUAUGAUGAUUAUGAGGAAGAAAGCACGACAAAUGCACCUGAAGAAGUGCGAGAAGUACCCGAGCCUACUCCGGCUACCGGUAAAGGGAAGAGAAAAGCCGUGGCUGGUCCUGUCGAUAGAUAUUUUGCGCCAAGGACAACUCCAGGAUCUCAGCCAGGCCUUAAAAGUGUGUUUGCGACCAAAGAGGCUGUGAAAAAUGCUAUCAUGGCUCUUGCUCGAUGGUUCUACGCCAAUUGCAUUCCAUUUAAUGCGACCCAAUCUUGUUAUUUUCAGCCAGCUUUAGAUGCAAUUGCUGCCAUUGGAUCUGGAUUUAAAGGUCCUUCAUUUAAUGAUGUUAGGGCGAACUUGUUGGGAGAUUGCAAAAAAGAAUGCCAGCUUCUCGUUGAAAGUUAUCGAUGUUAG